UCAAAGAUUUUUUUUAAUUAAGCUUGAUCCCAGUUGGUUUAGCAACAAAUGAGUAACACUCCAGGUGCCUCCUUCAACAUUGGCAAGGAGGCCAGAGAUCUUCUCUACAAGGAUUUUGCUUAUCAACCGCCCGUGCGGUUUGAUUAUCGAAGCCUCAACUGGAGCAGUGAUGUUUCAUGCAAAGUUAAACUGAUUGCUCCUGGCCUCAGCACCCUCUUCAGUUUUACCAUACCAGAUUAUGGCCGGGUGGAGCUGCAAUACGAAAGCCCUUUUGCUGGGAUUGCUGGAGGAAUGGGACUGAUACGAAAUUCCUCCAAUACAUAUGAUCCAGUUGCAAACUUCUCUGGUGUGGUAGGCAUAGGAGGCAGUUCUCUGUUCACCAUUGGAGCUGACCUUGCCGUUGACAUAGCUACGGGGGCAUUUGACAAUAACGCCGGUUUGAGCUUCAAUAGUGCCUUUGCUACCGUUUCCUUGUCCUUGGACAAGCUUGAUACUUUAAAAGCUUCAUGGUACCACAUGGUGAACCCCCUGACCAACACAGCCCUUGGAGCAGAGUUGAAACAUAGCUUUUCAACAAAUGAUACUGCCCUCGCCGUCGGUGCCCGGCAUGCAUUUUUGCCCUCUACGCUGGCGAAGGCUCGAGUUAGCACGCACGGCAGCGUUGGUGUUGUUAUACAGCAAGGAUUCUGGCAAAAGAUCUUUAUGUCUAUAUCUGGAGAGGUGGAUUUUGUAGGCAUGAACAAGAGUCCAAAAAUUGGACUAUCUCUGGCUGUUAGGCUCUAAAGGAAUACCAUUUGGAAGCAACUUUUGCUGGUGCUGCAAAUUGUUAUUAUCAUGUUCUGAUUAUUUUUGGUUUUGUAUUAGUUUUUAUGAGGUCAAUAGUGGAGAAAAUGAAGGGGGAAAUGUAUAAAAUCCGAUGAAAUUCAGUACUGUAUACUGGGAAGAAAUAUUCUUUCUAUUUCAGGAUGGUUAUGGGUUAUGCCAAAGCCUUGCUUAAUACAAGGAGGAUUAGAUGUUUGGUUA